GCUGAAACACCCGCUAAUAAAGUUGGGGAUGAUGGGAGCCUGAGGACGGCAGGUCUGAGCUGUAUGUUCAGAAAUGAAGCAGAUGCAGUUUUAAAGAGGUGUGUCUGUACGUGAGGUGAUGAUGGAGCAUGUGGUAAAGGAUACGGUAAACAUCGGCGCUGUGGUGCAGGGGACGUUACUGCUGCUGACGGGAACCUUAAUGCUGAUUCUGCUGCACAGAAUAUUUGGAGUCAAGAACUGGAGGAAUCAAUCAGCUCUUCCAGGUCCCGGUUGGUGGUUGGGUCUCGGGCCGGUUCUGAGCUACAGCCGGUUCCUCUGGAUGGGCAUCGGCACGGCGUGCAACUACUACAAUGAGAAAUAUGGCAGCAUCGCUCGGGUUUGGAUCAACGGAGAAGAGACGGUUAUACUAAGCAAGUCCUCCGCUGUGUACCAUGUCCUGAAGAGCAAUAAUUACACAGGGAGGUUUGCCAGUGCCAAAGGUCUGCAGUGCAUUGGUAUGUUUGAACAAGGAAUCAUCUUCAACAGCAACAUCGCACGAUGGAAGAAAGUGAGGACAUAUUUCACCAAAGCUCUUACAGGUCCAGGUCUCCAGAAGUCAGUAGAAGUGUGUGUGAGCGCCACCAACAGACAGCUUGACGUCCUGCAGGAGUUCACAGACGCCUCCGGACACGUGGAUGUGCUCAAUCUUCUGCGCUGCAUCGUGGUGGACGUCUCCAACAGGCUCUUCCUAAGGAUCCCUCUCAAUGAGAAAGAGUUACUAAUAAAGAUCCACCGGUAUUUCAGUACCUGGCAGACGGUUCUCAUACAGCCAGAUAUCUUCUUCAAACUGGAUUUUGUCUACAGAAAAUACCAUCUGGCAGCAAAAGAGCUGCAGGAUGAAAUGGGAAAGCUUGUGGAGCAAAAGCGACAGGCCAUCAAUAACAUGGAGAAGCUAGAUGAGAUGGACUUCGCAACAGAGCUGAUAUUUGCACUGAACCAUGAUGAGCUGUCUGUGGAUGACGUGAGGCAGUGUGUGCUGGAGAUGGUGAUCGCUGCUCCAGACACGCUCUCCAUCAGUCUGUUCUUCAUGCUUCUGCUGCUAAAGCAAAACUCUGCAGUGGAAGAGCAGAUCGUUCAGGAGAUACAGUCUCAGAUAGGCUCACGGGAGGUAGAGUCAGCUGACUUGCAGAACCUGAAUGUUCUAGAGCGCUUCAUCAAAGAGUCCCUGAGGUACCAUCCGGUGGUGGAUUUCAUCAUGAGGCAGUCUCUGGAGGACGACUACAUUGAUGGCUACCGGGUGGCAAAGGGGACAAACCUCAUCCUGAAUAUUGGACGCAUGCAUAAAACAGAGUUCUUCAAAAAACCCAACGAAUUCAACUUGGAGAACUUUGAGAACAAUGUUCCCAGUCGUUACUUCCAGCCGUUCGGUUGCGGUCCACGAGCCUGCGUUGGGAAGCAUAUUGCCAUGGUAAUGACAAAGGCCAUCCUAGUAACCAUGUUGUCAAGGUUUACAGUUUGUCCUCGUCACGGCUGCACCAUCAGCACCAUCAAACAGACCAACAACCUCUCCAUGCAGCCAGUAGAAGAGGAUCCAGACUGCCUGGCCAUGCGCUUCAUCCCACGAGCUCAAAACAUCAACGGGGAAACAGCCGACAACCACACCUCAAAGGAAUAAACAUUUAAAGGUGCACUCAGUAAACUCCUUGCACUUAAAGGGUUAAAUAUCAAUUGUUUUUCGAUAUGACCUUACACUGAACUCACCUUAAAGCUGAGGUUGUACAAUCUUAGAUCAAAACAAAAACUGACUCAAAUCUUCCUGUAGUUUGGAGUUAAUUCCACCUUUUUUUACUUUCACUUUCACUCUUUUUACUUUCACUUUAGUUAAAAACAGCAAAGACAACAACAUUCUGAGCAGUCUGUUUUGUAAUAUCAACUGAUCUUUAGAUGUAAAAGCUUGCAAUUUAUGAUCUGUAAUGCUGGAUUGUAUUAAUCUACGAUGUUAUUGCAUAAUGUUCUAACAUUGCGAGCUAAACAGAAGGUUAAUUGAGGAAAGAAGAUUGUGAAAAAUGGUGGGAUAGGCUGAAAAUGAGGGAAGAGGAAGUUGCUUUAAAGGUUGGGCAAGUAACUUUUUU